AUGGCGAAAUCGUACCGCCUAGAAACGGGGCUUCGAGCCGCAGCGGAGAAGUCGCAACUCAACUCUACGGAGAUUCGGCGACGAGAAGACCUUCUUCUGGCUCUUCGCUUCAAGGCAAAGGAGAUGGCAGCUGUGCUCACCUCUGCGCAAUCCGCCGCUAACAGGUCAGCCCUGCUGGGCUGUGACGGGCGGCCGCUGGUGGCGGCGGAGACGGAGAGAACAGCCUCGCGUGACAACAAGGGACUCGUGGCCCUGCAGCAAGAGAUCAUGCAAGAGCAAGACUCGGAGUUGGAGGAGCUGGAGUCGACUGUAGCGACCACCAAGCACAUUGCGCUCACCAUCAAUGGCGAGCUGGACCUGCACCGCCAUCUGCUGGAUGACUUAGAUGACAACGUUCAGUCAACAAACGCUCGUGUUCAGCUGGCCAAGAAAAAGAUGUCGAUAUUCAUGCGCCGAUCAGACAACACAUGCAACAUGCUCCUCGUCAUGCUAGUAGCUGCAGGGCUGGGCGUGCCGAUAACUCUCCCCAAUGCCGCCCAUAGUCGACAAAAGCUUAACAACGCCUUCCAUCCGCAAGUCGCGGCCAGCCCGCAAGUUAUAGGUUUCACCCCGCGCUUCGAGGUCGGCGCGCAACUCGGUGAAGGCUCCUACGGCGUCGUUAACAUUUGUCACGAGAAAGCCGUGUUGACACGUCAGCUGUCGCGACAGCCUAGCUACGGCACAAGCAAACUUCAUCUUCAUCCGGGCGCCGCCGCCGCCGUUGCCGCAGUUGACGGAACUGCCGCGGCUGCCGGAAAGGGCGCCGCGAAGGGCGCCGCAGAUGGCGGCGGAGGUGGCGAUAGCGACGAGGAGAACGGGGUGGAGCGACCGGAGAUCGUGGCGAGCGUGGAGCGGGUUGAAGCGACCGAGGCGGCGCUUCUUGCGGCGCGAAUUGCGGCGGAAGACGUGGCGGGAGACGCGGAAGGGAAACCACAACCACCACUUCCGAAGACCGCGGCGGAGCCGCCGGCCGCGGGCAAGAUGUACGCGUGUAAGACGGUGGAUAAGAUUCUCAACGUGGAAGGCGGCGCGGCGACUCAGAAGCGGUUGUCUGCUCGCGAUAUAGAGGUGCGCGUUAGCGCGCUUAAGCACGAGAUUAAGGUGCUCAAACACGUGGGUUAUCAUCCGAACAUUGUGAAGGUUGUCGGAGUGUACAAUAACGAGAAACGGCUGCGACUCGUUAUGGAGCUGUGCGACGCGGGGGACCUGCUGGGGCUUCUAACGAAUCCUCCCAAGAAGCCGCAGGCGGAAGCCAAUAACGGGGGUGCGAAUAAUGAAGGUGAUCCUAGCAAAGGAGCAGCAGGCAAAGAAGCCAAGCCUGAGCAGCCGCAUGGGAAACCUUUCACAAAAAUCUCGCAGUUUUUCAAAGGGCUGGCCAAGGGGACUACCGACCCGAAAGCCGCAGAAGCCGGGGCUGCUAAUAACGGGGACGGCAGCAGCAGCAGCAGCAGCGGUGCACAGCCCGAAAAAGUGCUGCAAACGGGUCUGUCAGAGCGGCAGACUGCGCUGAUGUUCCGACAGCUGGUAAAGGCUGUGGAGCAUUGCCACUCGCGGCACGUGAUUCACAGAGACAUCAAACUGGAAAAUGUGCUGCUGAACCACUGCUACUGCAGCAAAUGCAAGCCUGCUGACUCAGGCGAAGGAGGGCAGGAGAACGGUCAACAGCAGCAGCAGCAGCAGCAGGAGCAGGAGCAGAAGAAGCAAGGGGAGCCGUCUACCUGCUCUGGUUACGUCAUCAAGCUCGCGGAUUUCGGGCUGGCGAAACUGCUGCAGCCGACGCAGCCCAUGGCGAAUGGCAACAAGGGCAGCCAGUUGUAUAAAGCCCCUGAGGUGGCCCAAGGCCGGUGGUAUACCACCCAGGCUGACAUGUGGUCUCUCGGUGUGGUGCUGUACGCUUUGCUAAGCGCCAGAUUCCCGCCGAGGGAUGGGGACGGGAUGGUUGCGUGGGAGGCGGUUUCGGAUCAUAGGUUGUUGUUUAAAGGGGGGAGCUGGAAGGAGGUGAGCGGUGAGGCGAAGGCGUUGGUGGUUGUGCUGCUGUCGUGGGAUCCGAAGGGGCGGCCGGAUUGCGAGCAGGUGUUUAACCACCCGUGGCUGGCGCAGCACUGCAGAUGA